UCCCACCCAGUGUCAGACUGUGCGGAACUCUAUGCGGCAGGACAGACUACAAGCGGAGUCUACAACAUUAGACUUAAUUCCUCUAACGUGGAGGCCUACUGUGACAUGGAUACUGCAGGGGGAGGUUGGACCGUGAUCCAACGGCGGCAGGACGGGUCGGUUCCCUUCAACCGGACCUUGGAGGAGUACAAACACGGGUUUGGGAACAAGAACGGGGAAUACUGGCUUGGGAACGAGAACAUCCACCUCCUGACCAAUCAGAAGGCCUAUACCCUCAGGGUGGAUCUGCAGGAUUGGGACGGAGAAACCCGGUACGCAACGUAUGACAUCUUCAGGGUGUCCGGUGAGUCGGACCAGUACCGGCUGCGCAUUUCCGGGUAUUCAGGCACCGCGGGAGACUCCAUGGCGGGCGGCCAUACCCUCAACGGGGAGAGGUUCUCCACUGUGGACAGGGACAACGAUGCCAGCAGCUACCGCCACUGUUCUCAGCUGUACGGACAGGGCGGCUGGUGGUUUGGGGCCUGCGGCUACUCCUACCUCAACGGCCGUUACCUGCGCAACUGUGGGUACUCCUGUCCAUCCUGGCAAGGUGUGGUGUGGUGGCACUGGAGAGGCGUGCGUUACUCCCUUAAGUCUGUGUCUAUGAAGAUCAGGCCAUAA